CCGAGGAGAAGAAAGGGAAGGAGCCCGAGCGCGAGAAGCUGCCGCCCAUCGUGUCGGCAGGCGCUGGAGCGACUGCGGGUUCGGACAGAGGAGCCAAAGGCCAAAAUUCCACUUUUAGCAAUUUUAUUUCAACCGUUAGCCAGAAGAAAGAAGCUGCUGAAAACAGAAGUUCACCUACACAUCUUGUUUUCCCUAACAUCAAGAAUGUGAGAGACCUCCCUCCUCUUUGCCUUGAUGUUAGACAAAAACAGCGCAUCUCGAUGGAUGCAUUAUCAUCCGAAACGAAGGCUUUGGCCCUUCCAGAACCUACCCUUUCUGGCCAGCCCAAAACUAUGAAAGACUUUCAGGAAGAUGUAGAAAAAGUUAAGUCAUCAGGAGAUUGGAAAGCAGUACAUGAUUUUUAUCUGACAACAUUUGAUUCUUUCCCAGAACUAAGUGCUGCGUUUAAGAAAGAUGCCACGGCCUCAUUCAGUACCAUUGAUGACUCUGGGAUCAAUGCUAAAUUUGUGAAUGCUGUGUAUGAUGCCUUACUUAAUACUCCUCAAGAUAUUCAGAAGACCGUAUUAAAGGGAAUCAUUAACAGCUUGUUAAGAGAAUGGAAAGGUCCACGAACAAAAGAUGAUCUUAGAGCUUAUUUUAUACUUUUGCAGAAUCCUCAAUUUAAUAACACAUCGACAUAUGUCAUCUAUGCUCACUUGCUACGACAGAUAUCUUCCUUAGUGGAAGCUGACCAUCACUUCCUAAUUCACUGGUUUAAAAAAUUAUCCCAGAAGAGGUUCAAACAAUUGGUAGAGAGAUUGCUGCAGUUUAUUUCUUUACGCCUGUUUCCUGCAAAGCCUGAAGAAUUUCCACCUAUCACAAAGUGUUCCUGGUGGAUUCCAUCAGCAUCUAAAGUCUUGGCUUUACUUAAUACAUCAAACAAUUUGGUUCACCCUCCCCUUAUUUUGUAUACUGAUUUCUAUAAUUCUACAUUGGAUCACAUUGAUCUCAUGGAAGAAUAUCAUACCUGGCAGAGCUUUGGAAACUCUCACAGGUUUUCCUUCUGUCAGUACCCAUUUGUUAUUUCAAUAGCAGCAAAAAAAAUUAUUAUUCAAAGAGACUCAGAACAGCAAAUGAUAAGCAUCGCAAGGCAAAGUCUGGUGGAUAAAGUAUCUCGAAGACAGAGACCUGAUAUGAAUAUGUUAUUUCUAAAUAUGAAAGUAAGGCGGACACAUCUGGUUAGCGAUUCACUUGAUGAGUUAACCCGGAAAAGAGCUGACCUGAAAAAGAAGUUGAAAGUUACAUUUGUAGGGGAAGCUGGUUUGGAUAUGGGCGGACUGACUAAAGAAUGGUUCCUUCUUCUAAUUCGCCAAAUUUUCCAUCCAGAUUAUGGCAUGUUUACAUACCACAAAGAUUCACAUUGCCAUUGGUUUAGCAGCUUUAAGUGUGAUAACUAUUCUGAAUUCCGAUUGGUUGGAAUUCUUAUGGGACUAGCUGUUUAUAACAGCAUCACCUUGGAUAUUCGUUUCCCACCCUGCUGCUACAAGAAAUUAUUGAGCCCUCCUGUGGUUCCUAGUGAUCAAAACACACCAGUCGGCAUCUGCAGUGUUACCAUUGAUGAUUUAUGUCAAAUUAUGCCAGAAUUGGCCCAUGGACUAAGUGAACUCUUGUCAUAUGAAGGCAAUGUUGAAGAAGAUUUCUAUUCAACAUUCCAGGUUUUUCAAGAAGAAUUCGGAAUAAUUAAAUCAUACAAUCUAAAGCCAGGAGGUGACAAAGUUCCAGUUACCAAUCAAAAUCGGAAAGAAUAUGUGCAGCUUUACACUGACUUCCUUCUCAACAAAUCCAUCUAUAAGCAGUUUGCUGCAUUUUAUUAUGGAUUCCAUAGCGUGUGUGCUUCAAAUGCCCUAAUGCUGCUUCGUCCAGAAGAGGUUGAAAUUCUGGUCUGUGGAAGCCCUGAGCUGGAUAUGCACGCUCUGCAGAGAAGUACUCAGUACGACGGCUAUGCGAGAACGGAUGUAACUAUAAGAUACUUUUGGGAUGUUGUGCUUGGAUUUCCUCUUGAUCUUCAAAAGAAGUUGCUACACUUUACUACAGGAAGUGACCGAGUGCCUGUAGGAGGAAUGGCUGAUUUGAACUUCAAAAUCUCAAAGAAUGAAACUUCCACUAACUGGUUACCUGUGGCCCACACCUGCUUCAAUCAACUUUGCCUUCCCCCCUACAAGAGCAAAAAAGACCUGAAACAGAAAUUGAUCAUUGGCAUUUCAAAUUCGGAAGGUUUUGGACUUGAGUAACCUAAAAAACUUGAAAUAUACUACUUUUUAUAUGUAGCAUUCACUUCCCUCUUAUUGUGCCUUUAACUUUUUCACGUUUCUGUCUCAAACACCUUGACAAAGCGCACCAACUUUAAAAUACUGAUUUUUCUAAAAUCAAAUGUGAAGCAUUUCAAUGAAGGCAUGAUUUUCUACAAACAAAUUGCAGAUAGCAUAGAUGAGUGUGGGUCCAGCCCCUCUUUUAUAGCACUUGAUUAGCCCCCAUAAGUCGUUUGUCACAGGUGUCCCACUGGGAAAGCGAGGUACAGUAAAAUGGCAGGUCAAACCCAGUGGCAGAGCGUGUGCUGUCAGCACACAGUAGCAAAGUAGUCAGCUAUAUUAUCAUUAAUAUGAGGCAUGUAGACAUAUUUUCAUAUAGAGGUAAGCAACAGUAUAAUUGCAAAUGCAAUUUACAGGGUUUGUUUGUUUGUUUUUCUUUCUUUUUGAUAUACUGGUUUUGGUCCUAUAAGAUUCUUUUAACUCUUGCUGAAGAGCAUGUAAAUAACUACAUAAUAGUCUGAGGUCAUGGGAUUUUGAUAGUGCCAUUUAUUGCAAAAGAUUUAUUUUUACAAAGUAAAUUCAGGGUUUUAGAUGUGUAUACAGCUUUUACAAACCAAUAAAGAUGAUUGUACAGGAGUGUAACUAUUUUCAGACCAAUUGGAUUCAAGGUUAUAUUCUUUUAAAUAUCGUUGUUAGUCUGCAUGCACACUGGCAGUAAGCUAGUUACUCUGAGUACUGUGUAGUAUUUGUAUAAUGAUCGUUUCUUCCUAAGGAUCAAGUUAUUAAAAAAAGAAAUCAGAUAUAGCUAAUCACUGAUGAGUUAAGUCAAUUACAAGCACAAGAGAACAGUUUAUAUAUUUUUUGAUUGUUGUAAAAAGCUUAUUUCUAAUUUUUUUUAUCGCCACUUAUAUUGAAGUAUUAAUUUAUGGAGAAGGUAGGAUAAGGUAAUUGACAAAAGUGAAGAGAAUAAUCACCUUUGUGUCAAAAUGAUGCAGCUUGGUAAAAAUAAAGUUCAACAUUUUGGCCAAAUUGUUUGUUUUUUUUUCACUGGAUUCCAAACAUAGUAAAUUCAGUAGUACCCUUUUUUGAAUGUCCUAAUAAAGUAGCAUGUGAAAAGAAACUAUUUUAAGUCUGACAGUGAAAUGGCUUUUUAAAAAUUAACAGUCCAUGAAGCAGUGUUAUUAGCAUGUUGCACAUGUUUCCAACUCAAGACUUCUCUAUUAUACUUUGAUAGCUUCCCUUCAGAAAAUCCUGCAGUCACAGCCGCAAUAAUGAUGAUGCCAGCAUUUAGUACCAGCAUAUGGUUUCACAUGCAAAUAAUACUUCCCCGACAUUUGUUCUCAGUUAGGCUAUUUUCUUGUUGCUAUGCUUCCUGCACCCAACCAGCAGAACCCUUCAAGGGUGGAGGAGCUAAUCAGCGUGUUCUCCUGCAGUUUGGAAGCCAACCCACAAAUCUUUGAGGAAAAGGAGUUAACUCUCUCUAAGAAAUGGGAGUGACCCUGCUUUUCUGUUUGGAUACACUACCCAGAGGGUUUUUUCUUUAACAUCUCAGAAGGCCUGAGGGUUAAAGAUGUAUUGGCUUGGUUUUGCUGUUUUUAAUCCAUAUGCAAAUAAAACUGCUUCUCCCAUACACUGCUUGAACUAGAAAGUAAGAUGUUUAAUGUAGGCUAAUAUUAACUAAUAAGCACAAAAGAAUUAUGUAUAGGAAACCAUAUUUAAGUGUUUUCAGUAAAAUGUAAACAGCGUUUUUAUUUGGUAGAGAUGACUCAUGGAAAAUCAUGUUGGCUUGGUCUGCAUGUUCAAUGAUGUGCCUGUAUAUUGGUAGCUGUGUCACUUUUAAAUAAGUAGUUGAGCAAGCCAAAUUUUUAAAUGACAGUGUUCAUAAAUAACUGGAAAAUUUUUGUUGUCUGUUCUUAUUAAGUUGAAAUUUAUAAUCAUAUAUCACUAAAUUGCACAUUGCCUUUAUUUAUUUAUGCCCUGUUUUUGGUUUACAGUGUAAUAAUACCUCAUUUUUUAAAAAACAAAACAAAACACCAUUAUUGUUAUAUUUCAUUAAUUUAAACAGCCUAGAAACUUCGUGUCAUUACUUUUUAAACUUAAUGUUAACGAAUUCUUGAUUUUGUAUCUGCCACAGUAAAUUAAAGUCUUGCACAGUAUUUAUCAAUAUUUAUAAAUGUGUUGUCCCUUUUCAGUCUUUGCUUAAUCGUAUUUUUGUCUGUGUGAUCAGAAGUUUUUAACUUCUGUCCCUCUUUUUGUACAAUUCUGUAUUGUAACAAGUUGUUGA